AUGCACAGAACUUACUCCCUCAGAUCCAGCAGAGCUCCAACUGCUUCGGACCUGCAAAACCCAAUCCCUGUUCCUCCAUCCUCCACGAAGGCCAACAGAUUUUUUGGUAAAGGCUCUAUUUCCAACACCAUCAGAAGAUCCACUGCUGGUUCGUUUGGUCCAGACCUUGCCAAGAAACUUGCUCAAUUGGUGAAGAUGGAGAAGAACGUUAUGAGAGCCAUUGAGCUUUCUUCCAAGGAGAGAAAAUCUGCUGCUAAGCAACUUUCUCUUUGGGGUGCUGACAACGAAGACGAUGUCAGUGACAUUACCGACAAAUUGGGUGUGUUGAUCUACGAGAUUGGUGAACUGGAUGACCAAUUCAUCGACAGAUACGAUCAAUAUAGAAUUACCCUCAAGAGCAUCAGAGACAUCGAGGGUUCUGUUCAACCAUCCAGAGACCGGAAACAGAAAAUCACUGACCAAAUUGCUUACCUCAAGUACAAGGACCCACAAUCGCCAAAGAUUGUGAUCUUGGAACAGGAAUUGGUCAGAGCUGAGGCUGAAUCGCUCGUUGCCGAGGCCCAACUUUCUAACAUCACCAGAGAGAAAUUGAAGGCCUCGUUUGCUUACCACUUUGACUCCAUCAGAGAGCACUCCGAGAAGUUGGCUUUGAUCUCCGGUUACGGUAAGGCUUUGUUGGAGCUGUUGGACGACUCUCCAGUGACUCCUGGUGAGACUAGACCUUCAUACGACGGUUACGAAGCUUCUAAGCAAAUCAUCAUCGAUGCUGAAAACGCAUUGGCUUCUUGGACUUACGAAACUGCCCAAGUGAAACCAACUUUGAGCUUCAAGGCCACUGACGGUGAAAUUUACGAAGACGAGGACCUUGCUGAGGACGUCCAGAACAUGCACGUGACUGAGCAAGAAUGGGCCGAGCCUGAGAAGCAGGCCGCUUAA